GGACGGGAGCGGAGCACAUGGAGCAUGAGCACGACGGAGCAAUGGACGAAGAUGACGUGGACGAAUCUGAAAUAUUCGACAGAUACACGCUCGAAGUGGGCGACAUCGUGCCCCCCAGCAGACCCACAAUCGCUCCCCUGGAUGAGGAGGACGACGACAUGGAUCGGCCCACAAAACAAGGCCAGAAGAAUAGACCCACCCUCGUCAAACACGCCAGGUUCAGUGGCGGUGAGGCGGAACCUGAGGAUAGCGAAUUGAAAGCUAUCAUGGAGAAAGAUGACCUUUUCAAGGUGAAGACUGCAGCAUGGAAGUGGAAGCUCCCCACAACCCUGGAGCAGGAUUGGGAACCGUCGACCGUUCACCGGGCAGCGACCACAUUGCGACGUGCGCUGUUGACGCAACCCCUGCCGUCUGAAAUCGCAAUGGUGGCGGAGGAUGAGAAAUUGGCGAAGAAUGAGAAGGGGAUGAUGAAAAGAGAGGGCGACGAUGACGAUGAGCUCGAACAGGGGACCGUGGCUGAUUCGGAUCGUUUCAAAAAACCAUCUUGGGAGGACAUCAUUGGAACCAAUCUUACUUUUAAGGAAGAGAUUGCUGAGAAAGUGGAAGAAGAUCUCCACAGAAUCCCGAAAGGUCUCAAACAACACGAGCGAGAAGAGGAGGAACGUUUAGCUGGGCUCGUGACCAAUAAACGGGACCAAUUUGUAUCCCCCAAACCAAAGUCGUGGAUUGAAAGGAUUAAGAACUCGGACUACAUGAAACGUCGAGAAGAAAUAAAGAAGAAGAAUAAAGACUUGCAAGAUAAAGCACCAUCUCGGAAGUAUUCCAACAUUUGGGUCAAAAAUUGUCCAAUGGAGCCAGUGAAACAAGCAAAGCGGUUCCCUCACCACUACCGAUGUGACGAGAGCUUCCACGCCUACGUGGUUGCCCUCGUGGGGUCGAGCUUUUUCAAGUCCUUCAUCAUGGUGGCAAUCGUGGUCAACGCCGUGUCUCUGGCCGUCGAAACUGGCGAGGUGAAAACUUAUCACGUUGUGUUUGACAUCUUGGAUAAUCUCUUCUUGUCAAUCUACCUUGUGGAAUUUCUCCUGAAAGUGUAUGCGCAUCCAUAUCGGUAUUGGACAUCCGGAUUCAAUCUCUUUGACUUUGCAAUCUUAGCAGUCUCCCUCUUGAACUCAAUCCUCGUCUGGACAAAGGUGGACAAUCUUCCUGCUUUGAAACUUCUCGUAAUUUUCCGAGCGCUUCGAAUCCUUCGUGGAAUCUCAAUGUCAGUUCAAAUCCAAGUGCUGAUCACUGCUUUGGUGGAGACGCUCAAGACGCACGUCCUCUCCGUCCUCAUCCUCCUCUUCCUCCUCAUGUACAUCACGGCCAUCAUUGCCUACUACUUCUUCUCCCCCUCCGAAGGGCUCAACCACCCCUGGGGAAACAUUCUCAAGGGCAUGCUCAGACUCUUCUCAUUCGUCACGUUGGACGGGUGGACAGACACGAGUGAAGAGUUUGAACGAGCUGGCUAUACCCACAGCGGACGCGUCUUUUGUCUAGUGUGCAUACUUCUCGGAAACUUUCUAAUCUCCAAUAUUUUCAUUGCCAUUAUUAUCAUGCAAAUCUCCGAAGCUACGGAAGCAUUCAGGACUCGGGAGCGAGACGAACGCGAAGAAAUCAUUACCCUCAAAAAGGAAAUCGUCUUCCGUCGUCAAAAGCUGGACAUGCGACAACUCCUCGCAAAACAGACCGUUUCCACCAACGCAGACUUUUACUAUUUAGGUUCCCAAUUCUUAAAACUGCUCAGACACGAUGAUCUCGUUGAGAUGAACAAUGCUCAAUUCUCGCCACUUUGGAUGGAUUCGUUUUACAAAUCCGAAAUGCGAUGUCAUCACACGGCAAAUGUACUUAUGAAUCUGCACCGUCAAAUGGCCGAUAAUCUGUUAACAAUGUACCGAAAAAAUAUGGAAUCUCGCUACAGCGUAACACCCAUUCGUCGCAGUCGUUACAAUCGUUAUAUGAAACUCAAAUCCAAAUUGGCCAUCAUCCGCCAAGAAUUUUUUCGCGACAUGUCCUCCAAAAAGAAGCCUCGCCAACUUCGAGUUAACAUCGGAAAGUCGGAAUUCCCCCAAAUUUCGAAGCAAUUAUUGGAUCAUGCAGCAUGGGAGAAUGUGGCUAAAAGUGGGGGUGGAACUGGUGUAAACCAAGAUGCGAGGAAGAUGCUCCCCACCGUGGAUGAAGAGGACGAACAAGCCGUGGACAAAGAAGAACAACAAGAAGAUAACAACGAUGACGAUGAGGAGGACAUGGCAAACAGAUUUCCUACCUGACAUUCCUUAUACAUACAUAACUUUCAUAUUAUAAUGUGACUCGAUUUAUUAUGUAAUUAGGUUAGUUUAUCACUCUUUUAUUAUGUGUGUACAUACGCAAAAUAUAAAAUAUUAACCAAGAAGUCUAGUGAAAGUAAGUACGGUUUGGUUCUUCCCGAUCAGAAGUUCAGCAGGUGAAAAUAAAAGUAAAAGCGUGCAUCAAUCAAUACCAUAAUUUUAAUUGCAUGCAGUGAGAUAAUAAAUCCUAUUUUUAUUGCUAUUGAGAUUAA